GUUGAAUCGUGGCAGGUUUUAAUACAUAGAUCAGUAUACCGGAAAAUUAUUACGAUUUAGCAAUUCUCUGUUUCAAAUGAAGGUCUUGAAAUAUUAUGCGGCUUUGAUGCUGAUUUUUGCCACAGCAUCUGCCAUCAGAUGUUACACAUGCCUUGUGUGUGACACCGUCGACUCAUCAACAGAAACUAAAGAAUGUAAUGGGACUACACCGACCUGUACGAAAGUAGAAGCAACUUUGAAUGGCGUUCUCCAAGUUGGGCGAUUGUGCAGCAGUGGAUCAGAUGGAUGCAGCACCGUAGGUGAUGUAAAUAGCGAUACUUUCACAACUACAUGUUACUGUAACACAGAGUUAUGCAAUGGAGCAACCUCAAAAAAGAUGGGAAUCAAAGUAGCAAUGCUUUUCUUCUUUUUAUCUGCAUUGGUGUUCAGCCAAUACAUUUAA